AUGGACUUCCAGAUACUCUAUGGGGCCUACGUCGGACCGCUCCUGGAGUACGCCAACCAAGUUGCCUACACAGGACGUACAAAAGACGCCACCCUCAUUGAGCGUGUCCAGCGGGCCGCCACGAGAAUGGUUGCUGGCCUCAAAUCCGUGGACUACGAAACGCGUCUCGCGAUGCUUGAUCUCUUUCCCCUGGAACAUUUAUUUAUGCGAAUCUUCACGCUGGCAAGCAUACUGCCCCGCGCUGAGAACAUAAAGAGCAGUGCUACACCCUUUUUCACUUGUGAACGACAGCCACUGACCGACAAGAGCAAAACCGACCCGGGAAACUUGGGCAAACGCCUCGAUCCUGUGUAUCAAUCCGCAACAAACAUGGUUUCCGACGAGUCAUGGGUUGUUCGUGAAAAUAUUUCCGAUCCGGAGGCUUUGUUGCAUAUCGCGAAGUUGGCUGAACAUGCGGAGCGCUUUACUGAUAUGGCAGCCGCCAUGAAAAAGUUCACGGAGCUGAAAAAACCUCUUAGCAACGAUGAACGGAAUCUGUUUUCCGUAGCUUACAAAAAUGUGGUGGGCGCCCGUCGGUCGGCAUGGCGUGUAAUCACAAGCAUCAAAAACAAGGAUUCUGAGGAUGAAAAGUCACCAACGAACGAACUUCGUCGAAAGAUAGAGAACGAGCUUGAGCAAGUCUGCAAGGAGGUCUUGAACAUUCUGGAGAAAAAUUCCCUGCCAUCUGAGACCACAGACGACGGGCUGGUCUUUUAUCACAAAAUGAAGGGAGAUUAUUAUCGUUACCUGGCUGAAGUACAAACGGGAGACAAGCGCAAUGAAUCCGUUCAGAAAUCCCAUCAGGCCUAUGAAGAAGCCACGGAGAAGGCUAAACAAUCUCUUAGUGAGACUCAUCCUAUUAGACUGGGACUAGCCCUAAACUACUCUGUAUUCUACUACGAAAUCGAGAAUAGUCCGGACAAGGCAUGUGAAUUGGCCAAGUCUGCCUUCGAUAAUGCUAUAAGCCGGCUCGAUCAGAUCAAGGAUGACUGUGGACGUCGGAGCGUGAAACUGACCAGUGAUCCAGAUCUAUCGCAAUUACUUUUCGCCAUCCGCGCUUCGGCCAGCUGUUUGGUUCAUUCUUUCCUGCACCAUUAUAACCAUACUGGACUAUUGCGUUUUAAAUCUGGUAUACCCAACACUAAUUUCCCUGUGAAUGAUGGAUGCAGUUUGCAAACGUCGUUUUACGUCAUAUCCCGCAUACUCUUCCUAAAUGACCGCACGACCAGCAUGUCCAUAUUUAUGGAAGCAGCGAUGCUGCCUCCCUCCCCGGGUGAGGACGGCGUGGAAAGAUCGGUCCUGAAAACUGCUCACUCCGAUCGCCCUGUGUUUGGUCGCUCCGUACGGUACAAGUACUUUUAA